ACUACUUGUUGAUUCGUGCUUUUAUGCCUCCACCCCGUCUCGUCUCAAAGGAGUCUUUUUUUUCUUUUUUCCGUUUUUCCCAUUUGAACCUCGAAUGUUUCUCUUUCACAGUCUUUACCCGGCCGGUAUGUCGAGGGCGGAUUUGUGUGAAAUUUUGUUUGCGUAGGGAUUUUUUUUGCCAGUAAUUGACCAGAAAAAUGGCAACGAACGAUCCUUAUCACAUGUACGUCUACAACAUCCCUUAUGCUACAAGGAAGGCCCUAUGCAGAAUCCUGGACCUAAACAACUCUUGGGAAGAACUCGGUGGGGAAGGCAUGAAAUUUGACGUUGGGACGUUAAACAGGAUCGGUCAAGCCGUUCUCAGAAAUCGUUCUCCUACCGAUGAGUUAUUGACUCUAUGGGGAACAAAAAACCAUACUGUCCAUGAACUUUUCGGCCAUCUGGCCAAUAUGCAGCACUAUCAAGCCAUGUCUGCAAUAAAAAAUUUAGUUGAUCCCAAAUACCACUGUCUAAUAUACGAAGGGGAAGAAAAUUUUAGCCAAAUGCGUGCUCAAGAAAUACCACCAGGGCCAACGCAGAAAUGUCAACAAAAUGUUCAUGAGCCACCACUUUCACCACCACAACACCAUGUACGUCCAUUAGAUCCGUCACUUUCACCACCACACCUAAAACAUUGUGAUAAAGACGUAAGGGGAAGUGAGUUUAAUAUAUACACGCAGAAAUGCCAAGAAAGAACUCCAGUCAAAAUGGUCCCAAUACCCGUAGAAGAUGUCGAUAUGAAAAUAAGCAACAUUCAGCCCUCUCACAUUCCGGUCUCUCCUCCACGCCAUUCUCCGCAUUCACAUUCUCCCUGUUCACCUCAUUCUCCCCUUUCACCUUGUUCACCUCACACUCCUCAUUCACCCCUCACCCCUCAUUCACCUCACACCCCACAUUCCCCCCACUCACCACAUAACCAGUGCUCACCAUGCACACCGCAUACUCCUCAUUGUGUUAUGUCACCGCAAUCUCCUCAGUCCCCUCAACAAGAUGGUGCUCGAGCAAUUAGAAAAACUACAGAUCAAUCUAAUGCAGCAUUAGGGGAGAGUCCUGCUAUAAAUUAUAAAGAGUUAGAAAAGGCGACAGGAGGAUGGGAUAGAAGAAAAUUGUUGGGGAAAGGUGGUUUUGGAUCAGUUUUUAAAGGUGUUUGGAAAAACACUCAUGUUGCAAUAAAACGUCUUGAGGCUGAGAAUGGAAUCGACUUAGAGGAAACUUGGAAAACAUACAGAGAACAAUCACUUAGAGAACUCAAGUACUUAAAUUCAUGCAGGCAUGACAACAUAUUACCACUAUAUGGCUAUAGCAUUGAUGGUCCACACGACUGUUUAGUUUAUCAAUAUAUGCAUAAUGGAUCGCUGGAAGACAGGAUUCUAUGUAAGGAUGGGACAAAACCGUUAACUUGGAGUCAAAGACAUUCAAUAGCAACAGGGACUGCAAGAGGUAUACAAUACUUACACACAGUUGGCGAAAAGCCUCUAGUUCAUGGUGAUAUAAAAAGUGCUAAUAUUCUUCUAGAUCCGUAUUUAGUACCCAAAAUAGGGGAUUUUGGCCUCGCCAGGGAAGGCCCAAUGCAGCAGUAUACGCACGUUAAAGUCAGCAGAGUCCAUGGCACAAGACCUUAUUUACCAGAUGAAUUUUUGAGGGGGAAAAAGUUCUCAACUAAAGUUGAUACGUACAGCUUUGGUGUGGUCUUGUUUGAACUUGCGACUGGUUUAAGGGCCUACGAUUGCAACGCACCAGAAAAAUUUUUGAAAAAAAGGAUGGAAGUGUUAACAGAAGAUCAAAUACAUGAAGUUAUGGAUGUAAAAGCAGGACUUGAUGAUGGAAUUUCAUUCAAGACAAUGUUUACUCUAGGCAAGCUAUGCGUUUCCUCUAGACCUAAAGACAGACCUGAAAUGGUUGCAGUCCUUCAGAAGCUGGAUUCUAUAUCAGCCGCUUGCGAAAUAGCGGCUCAUAUACAAGCAGUCCAGGCCCAGGCUCGAGCUCAAGCUCAAGCUCAGGCUCUAGCCCAAGUCCAAGCACAGCCUCAAGUGUUUGCACUACCUCCGGCUCCAGCCCAAGCUCUAGUUCAAGCUCAAGCCCUUUUUGAAGACGAUGAACCGGUUCAAGGCCCAUCGCAAGUCCGACCUGAAGUGCAAAUCCAACAGGCAACGUUACCAGUCCAACAGGCAUUACCAAGAAUUACAAUUGAACCUAUACCAGGGCCUUCAAAUCAACCAAUGUGUAAUCCUCCAUCUCUUCCUCCUGAUUCAGUUUCUAAGGAGGAAGAUGUAGAGUGUGCAUUACCAUUGAUAUCCGCAUUAGGAAUUAUUUCAGAAAAUUCACAAGUGACUAAAGAAAAGAGGGAAGAAACGACUUGAAAUUGCAAAAAAAAAUCUUUAUGAUAACUCAUUGUGACGAUAACUGUUAAAUGUUGAUAUGUUAUAAUGUUUUGAUUUGUUUAAAUGUUUUAAAGAUGGCUGUACACUAAUGGAUGCCAUUAGUAAAAUAAAUUUAUUAUUACUUUUUCAA